GAGCCCGACACCGAGGCGCUCGCGAAGCAGGUGGCGGCCAGCGCCGCCGCCACGGUGGUCGCCGUCAGCGCCGCGGCGGCGCCCGCGUCCGCCUACCCGAUCUUCGCGCAGCAGAACUACCCGAACCCCCGGGAGGCCACCGGCAAGAUCGCCUGCGCCAACUGCCACCUCCAGGGCAAGUACAUCGAGGUCAAGAUGCCCCACGAGGUCCUCCCCGACACGAUCUUCAAGACGCUCAUCGAGCUCCCGCUCAAGUACGAGAAGAGGGUCCAGCCGAUCGCCGACGGCUCCAAGGCCAGCCUGAACGCUGGCGCGAUCGCCAUCAUGCCCGAGGGCUGGAAGCUGGCACCCAAGGACAGGCUCCCCAAGGCGCUGAAGAAGCAGAUGAAGGGGCUCGCAUGGUCGCCUUACAGCAAGGACAAGCCCAACAUCGUCGUCGCGGGGCCGGUGCCUGGGAAGAUCUACGAGACGAUGGUGCUCCCGAUCCUCGCCCCCGACCCCAACAAGACCCCCGAGAUCGUGUUCAACAAGUACGAGUUCUACUUUGGGGGCAACCGUGGGCGCGGGCAGGUCUACCCCGAGGGCAACCUCAGCAACGUCAACAUGUACACCGCGGCAGCUGAGGGCACCGUGACCGAGAUCAUCCCGGGCGAGAAGGUGGUCAUCACAAAGGCGGAUGGCACGGCGGUGGACUCGGUGAUUGGCAAGGGGGCCACGGUCGUCGUCGAGGUUGGUGAGAGCGUGAAGAAGGACGAGCAGAUCACCACGAACCCCAAUGUGGGCGGCUUCGGACAGGAGGACAAGGAGGUCACUCUGCAGGACAUGAAUCGGGUGUACGCGUACUGCGGCCUCUCCAUUUCGAUCUUCCUUGCCCAGCUGGUUUUCGUUUUGAAGAAGAAGCAGUUCGAGAAGGUUCAGCUUGCGGAGGGCUUCUGA